AUGUACUGCUGUUGCGCUGCCGAGGUGGAGGAAGUCCAGGAGCUGCCCAUCGCCGCUUCCGGGGUGCUCGAAAAGGACACCUUCAAGGAAGGGAAGAAGCCGGCCUCCGGUUGUGCGUUCUCGGUGGAGCUGAAGCUCAAGGAGCUGCGGGCCUCGCAGCUGGGGCUGGAGGUGGACAUCACCGACCAGGACGGAAUGGUGAUCAGCAGCAUCUCCGACGGCUUCGUGAACAAGUUUAACGAGAGCUUCCCCGAUCAGGCCUUGGAGAAAUAUGACCAGAUCAUGUCGGCCAACGGGGUGCGCAGCUCCAUCGGCGAGGUGCACAAGGCCCUCAUGGCCGCCGUGCAGGACGGCGAGGUCCUGCAGCUCGAGCUGCGGCGGCCCAGCUCCUUUCAGGUAGAAGUGAAGAGGCCGGGCGAGCAGCUUGGAAGGCAAAAAAAGCUUGCUGCUUCAUGA